ACAAUUUGCAAAGUAAAACACAGCAGCGCGCCAGCCACAACAGCACGCAUCCAAGAUGGAGGAGCAGGCAGUGAAGUUCAACAAGCGCUUGCAAGAGCUGCUUGCACAGCCCAGCUUGGACGCGGCCAGCGCAACAGAUGUCAUUGACCAGAUUGCCAAGCAGCAGUUCAACAUGGCGGUGGUGAAGAAGGCCAUGCUGGGCAAGUCCGUGUCUCAGGUGAUGCGCAAAGGCCCUGCACCACUGAAACAGAAGAUCAAGAGCCUCUUGGAGGCGUGGAAGAAGGCGCCUGCUGCCGGCCCUUCCACUUCUGCAGCCACAAGCACACAAGUACGACGCCGCUCUUCUGGCUCCACGUCAAGUGUUGAUGUUGAGUUUUCCAAGACAGGUAGCCAGAAGCGUGACGGCAUGCGCAGCGUGAUUAUCCGUCGCAUUGUGUCGCUGAACCCGGGCCGGUCGCAGAAGUCUGUAGCCGAUGUCGCCUGCAAGGUUGAGGAGGCCAUCUUCAACAAGUUCCGCAACGACGGCGACCCGUACAAGAAGGAGUGCAGGAGCCGCGCCAACUAUCUGAAGAACGAGAUCCUGGACAAGUUGAUUGCCGGCGAGCUGACGCCAGAGCAGUUUGCAACACAGGCAGAGCAGAAAUUGGUGUCUGAAGAGGACCGUAGAGAAACAGAGCAGCACCUGGAACAAGCACUCAGGGACAAGAACCCGGGACAGAAGAUGGGCAACCGGACGAACCAGCUCAAGUGCGGCAAGUGCGGCAAGAACGAUGUCGAGUACUAUGAGGUGCAACUUCGGGCUGCGGAUGAGCCCAUGACGGUGAUUGCCACGUGCAUCAAGUGUGGUCACAGAUGGAGACAAUAAAACGCAACGCUCCCCGUUGAAAGCAUGCGCAAGGACAGAGCACCAAACUUCCUUUCAAUGUACACACACACACACACACACACAC